AUGGCAACACCGCACCACCUGUACCCGGCAGAAAGGGCCAGGGAAGGUAUCUAUGUUCGCUCUCCCCUCACGGACGCUGAGGAGGCAAUGCAGUUUUUACCCGGCAGUCGCUUCCUGAGCUCGACGGAAUUCAAACGGGUCUACCUCGGCGGUGGCAUAGACAAUGAAUCAUCUACAGCUGCGGCUGAGCGUUGGUCAAGCUCGUCCCCUAAUGGCACUUUUUCGAAGACUGCACAGCCAUGCUCCCUUUUGGAGAGCUACGUUUCACGGGGCGCGCGUGCUGGUUCACUUCCCCAUGCCAUCCAUGCUCCAUGCAGACAAGCCACCACCGCUGUUGCACGUUUCCAUCGCAAAGACAAUGACCGACGGACAGCGCGUCAACUCCGGUGCCUGUACGGUGGCGUGGAUGGCCGUAUACGUGUAUCCGACACGUUUGAAAUUCACACACCCUCGCCUCCACGAUCAUCGGCGCUAAGACCCACUGUGGAUGAACAAGGGCCAUGCAGACCGAAAAGGCUAACAAGCAAAGCACCGCCCGCUGUCGCUCCAUCUGCCCUGUGCUCGGCGCAUACGCCGCUGCCCCACCAGCUGCGCUCGCGCGUGUGUUCUGCUCGCUGUGCCAUGUCGUCACCGAUGAGGACAACGUCAGGCGCGGAGCAACUUCAUCGCGGUCAGCUGCGCACAGAGGAUGCCUGGCUUGCAGUGACGCGUGAGCUGACCGAUAAGAAGAGGGAGGCGCAGAACCUUCAACAGCAGCUGCAACGAGCGCAUGUCCUGCUCCGUUCUCUGCACGGCGUCACAGCCAACAUGCUCGACGAAGACGCUGACGCGUCCGGCGUUGCUGACCCAGCAACCGCAAUGACCGCAGGCCGCAAGUCGACGGGUGAUGGCGUGCCGGGAGUUGCCACCUCUGUAGAACAGCUCCGUCCGAGGGAGUACUGGCAGCGCCGUGCGUACUUCUUAUUGAAGCAGAAUGAGGAGCUACGGGCGGAGUCAGAACGGUUUCGCCGCAGCUCUCACCGCACCAAAGUGCACGCUUUACUACAAGAGCUGAAGUCGGUGCGCGGAGAGCUUAGUCGAUAUCGGACACAGGCGAGUGCUGUGGCUACGUCACUGGCGUCUGCCAAUGAGGUGGAGCCUGAUGCCGGUGGCUCAGGAAUUGACCUAGGCAUCCCUCAGCAUGACAAUGGAAAGAUGAUAAACGACCCUGUCACAUUACGCCUAAUACCAUGUAGUAGUGCGGUGUCGUCGUUUCUGGUACCUUCCAUCGAUGAUGGGGUUCUCCGUCAGAAGGACGACGCCAUUCGUAACUUGCAAGAGCGUCUUCAGCUGUUGACACAGCAGUACGAGAAGACUGACGUGGAACUCAUCACAACAAAGCGACGACUGGAGGAUAUGAUGCAUCACUACAGCGCCAUGCAGGCGGAGUGGAGGGCUCUGGCGCAGCUCCCGCAGGAACUCGCUCGUGCUCAGCAGCAGUUGGCUACCACUCAGACCCGCCUCCUCGACUGCGACCGAGAGCUGGUGGCGUUUCACCAACUGCUCGACACGCAAGCGUCACCCACCACGCUGCGCGCAUUAAUUGACGAGCGUGACCAUCUCGUCGAGCUGCUUCGACAGCGUCAGCAAAGCGAGGCAGCCUUGCGCAACGAGAUGAACGUGGUACAGCAGCAGAUGGUUCAAUCUGUGGAGCAAAAGUAUCAGAGGCUGUCUGCAGAGCAACACGCCAUGUCACGCGAUCGCGAGGCGCAACACGAGGAGACGAUACUGAGGCUUCGGAAGGAAGUGGCCACCCUUGAGCACCUGCUGGGGGUGCAGAGAGAGGCAUUCGAUGCACAGCAAGCAGAGCAUGCGGGAGAGCUUGAGGAGGAGCUGGCGCAGCGGUUGCUCGAGUUAGUGCGGCGACCCGAGGCUGGAGCAGGGGGUAACGACCUCUUCGCGCCCCGUUCACUGAAUAUAACCGCGUUACCGCAGCCAACAUCGCACGACGGACAGCCACCCACGGCUGCUGAAUCCUGUCUUCCGUUGGGCGAGGCGUCACUAGCGCGGACACCGGCAGCUACCCCGGCGUUACUACGCCAUCCAGGCACCGAACAUGCGAAGAUGGACCCUUUGCUACGGACAGCCAGUUCCCUGGAGGGUGUAGCGUCGUCCUACAGUGCGGGAGUCGUCGCGAGUCCGACAGCUGCGCAAGAUGACACUCCCACUCACGCCGACAGAGACGCGGGGGACUCCACACUGUCCUCCAUGUCGGAGACGAUAGACAGCAGUGCCAGCAAUAACUCCCUUACGAGCGAUUGCAACGACGAGGUAACGUCACUUUCCUCCGCGCCGACGCACCCAUCGCGUAGCCACACCGGCGACUCGGCGGAUUCCACGUCGAGUGAGUAUCUGAGCGACAUAUUAGCGCUCCAGCAGCUGGCUAGCGACGACGACGACGUUGUUACUGCAACCGACGAAAUGAGUGUCACAUCGGCCUCCUCGAGCGCCGAGGAAGCCUACAGCGACAGCGAAGAUGAAGGCAGAGACGAGAAAAUGGCAGAGAAGCCUAGCACGCCCGAUUCAGACUCUUCCAUCGCCUCCUCUGCAGAUUCUUCCCCCCACCCCACUUUGGGUGCCGAGGGCGCAGCUAAGCAGCAGCGGUCCGCCACCAGCACAACGAACACUUCCUCCGCCCACGCCCAGGAUUACGUCAUUGACCUCCCCGCGCAACAGGUCGACAUGGUAUCCCCAGUUUCCAUUUUCAUUAACCGCACCUCCUCGACCGGUCCUUUGUUCUCCUCCGAUUUGCGAGUCGUGGUGCACUCGCCUCCCAUGAGCUUGCAACCGACCGAGUCGGUUACAGACUUCACUACGACACAGCAGACGCUCCCCAGCACCAGCGAAACCAAGAACGGAAGCAAUAGCUCGAGCAGCGGCUCAUUCUCACCCUCUUCCUCCCUGUCCUCGUUGGGCUCGCCGCCCUCUGACGUCAGCAAUGACGCAGCAAGCCCAUCCGUAGACCUCCACGCACGUGAGCCCCACGGCGUCCCGGUGAGGCAAAUGGAAGAGGGCCGUGUAGAAACGCCCAGCAGCAGCCUUAUCUCUGGAGCGCCGGUACUGGUCGAGUCUAUUAUGCAGUCAACGCUGCCUCUCCCCGAUCCCGAUGCGACGGCGCCGUCCACGGUGGCGCUGCCCGGAAAUGAGCGCAGAUCUCCUCUGUCACUCUUGCGCUCCCCUGGCGCCAACGCACCGACGAUCCUCCUCAAGCACGGUGUGCCGAUCCCGCCCCCUGCUGCCCUCACACCAGUUGUUGCCUCCAACCUAUACCCGCCACGCCACGCCACUUCGUUUCUGCUGACGGGCAUUGCUAACGAUGACCACUUCAACGGCAGUGGAGCCGAAGUGAGCCGCGGUGGGAUGGUUUCCCGUAUAAACAGCAACAUUCACAACACAAGCUUCGAUCUCGCCCACCAGUACUCUGGCAACGCCUCCUUUGACUUUGUGGGGCCGCUUGCGGAGCGUCACCGCUUGGAAGACAUGCAGAGCACUUUGGUAUCCUCUCGACAAUCAUCGAGCACCACUGUGACUGUUGGUGGCGACGUCGGUAGUGCGGCGUCCGCCAUUCCGAGCGAGGCGCUUGGGAGCAUCAGCCGCGGCGGGGGUGCUCUUAUGGGCGCUGGGGCGGCUGGUGUGCGCAAGACUCCAUCCCCUUCGUUCCGCACUGAUGCGUUGCAAACGAGCAAAUCCGUGUUCUUCACGGGGGAUGAGGACCACGACGAAAGGGCCACUGGUGCAGCACCGACCGCAGGUAUUGCAAAUGCCGAGCGGCGAGGCGAGGAGAGGGCAUCAGAUCUAGGCAGCGGUAGCAGCUUUACGGGGAUAUCCUACCAGGGCGGUGUCGACGACAUGGCAUCCAGCAUCUCUGCCGAGCGUGUCGCUGCUGAGACGCGUGAGCGAGAAGUGUCACUUGCACGUGAGCUUCCCUACGCUGGUCCCAUCGGUAGCGCUUGUGGCAUGGCAUCAAGUGAAGAUGUGUCAGUGGCGAAGGCUCCAGUACCCAGUGAGACUAUGCAAGUUGAUCUUGCAGCUGGUGUUGAUCGGGAUGCCUUCUCCCCCACCGCGGCAACUGCGUUGUCUCGCGCAAACUUUGCCAACCUCAGCCCAAUCUCGAAGUCACUCCCGCAGGAAGAGCACACGCCAUUGUCUUUUAACCCUGAGGGCAGGGGCGAAGCAAAGUUGGAGGCGGGGGACGCUGAGUCCGCCACCCCGCCGAGCGACCAAAGCCCCACGGUACCGCCCACAGAGGCACUGACAACACAACCUGGUGUAACCGACGUUGAGCUACCCGCGCUGCCCGCUGCCGCGGCGAUCACGAUGGCGACUCCGGCGUCACCUUUUGUCCCUUUUCCGCCACAAGUGGCGAUACCAGCGUCUCCGCGAGCAGCGCGACCUUCACCAUCACCGCCAAAGUUUUUCCCGCUCCCUCCUCGAGUGGCGGUGCCUUUGCCACCUUCCACGUAG